AUGAGUCUUGGCAAUUGGGAUGACGAUGAUUUUGACAUCAGCAGCCCUACCCCAGGGGCUGGUCCCUCUGCUUUUGACGCAGGCGCCGAUCUCUUCGAGUUCACGGAAACGCUCAAGUUAUCAGAUGACGAAUCUCACGGCGUUAAUGAAGCAAAGCUACCGCCUUUACCGGAGGGCACGCGCGAUGUAACAGGAGACCGCGGCGUGUUACUCGCUGUGACAAAGGCAGCUGACGACGGAGAUCGGCCAUCCAAGGAAGAACCAUUUGUGGAGAUGCACUAUGAAGGCUUCUUGGUGUCCACAGGAGAUCGUUUUGACUCCUCGCGCGAGCAGAAUUAUGCUAUGAUCGUGCAUCUGGACAUCCCUCCAUCUGGAAAGUCCUCAUUGAUCCGCGGAUUGGAAGCUGGGCUACGCGAACUGCGCGCGGGCGAGGUUGCCACCUUGACGGUUGCUGCCCGGUAUGCGUACGGAAAGGAUGGUUCACAGGACGUUCCCCCAGAUGCAGACCUCCGAUUCGAAAUUGAGGUGCUCGAUGUCCGUGCCACGCACAAGCGUAUUGUUAAGGUCGACUCCACAAAGCAAGAUCUUUCACGUCUUGAGGAAAUCAAGCGAGAACGCGAAAUUGCACAGCAAAGAAGAGAGGAUGAGGAAGCCUUGAAGAAUGAGGAGAAAACACGAAAAGCAGAUCGUGCUGCAGAAUUACGGGAGAAGCUCGCAAACAAACAUAAGGGGAAGAAAGGAGGCAAAAAGAAAAAGAAGUAA